CGAAAAAUGGAAUAUUCUCAUACCAUUUAUAUACACUCAUUUUAUGUAUGCUACGUGUUUUCUUCUGUAUGCCGCAUUAUUUGUGAACAUGAAAAUGAUUCUGAAGAUUUCUUUUGCAAUCAUUGCUCUCGUAUUCCUUUCAGGAUUGAUUUUAGUAAGUUGGAGUUUAUCGUUCUUUACGACAUUGAUGUACGACAGCUUCAUAAAUAUUGAAAAGAUUUCUUCUGUGGCUUUUCCUCUAGAGUUUAAGUUCAAGAUGGACGAUUUCAUGAAGAGAUUUGGAAAGAAUCCAAUUGGUAUAUCCAUUGGUGGAUUCUUUUAUAUCAAGAGAAAUUUUGUUAUCAGAGUAAUUAGCGGCUUAUACUCCAUAUUGUCUUCACUUGUGCAAAUUAGUGGAGUAUUGGAACGAGAAAAUAAGUGUCUUGUGCAGUACAGAAACAGCACAAGAUCCAGCACAUAAUGCAACUGUUACGUAUUAAAUUAAUGAUUUGAUUAAAAUAAGAAAAUUGCCAGAUUUCAUAUUCCUAUAGAUUAUUACGAGGCUUAUAAGGAUAAAAUUCAGGGGAGGACUCUGUUAAGA